AUGCAGCGGGACAGCGGCCAGGCUGCGGAAUUCCUUUUCCCACCUCCAAGUGGAACAGGCAGCCUACUACCCAGGAGCUCUGUGGUCCAGACCUCCUGCCGGGACCUGGCAUCUCUGCCCACGCCGCACAUUAUGCUGACUGACCCGGGGGACCCAAAGGAGCAGGACUCAGAGGAACCAAAGAAAAGGAAAGGAGGUUGGCCUAAAGGCAAGAAAAGGAAACCCCCGAAGGAUCUUGCUGUUCCCCGUGCUCCUACGACAGGUUACGUGAUAUUCCUGAACGAACAGAGGAGCCAGCUGAGGGCCCAGCACCCCAAUCUGCCUUUCCCGGAAAUCACGAAGAUGCUGGCUGCUCAGUGGGCUCAGCUCCCACAAGAGAAAAAGCAAAGGUAUGUCUGUGAGGCGGAUGAGGACAAGCAGCGCUACAUCCGCGAGCUGCAGGCCUACCAGAACUCUGAGGCUUACCGAGCCUUCCUGCGGAGGCAGACCGAGCUCAAGGUGCAGGCGCUGUGCGGAACAAGUGUGCCAGGACAUGAAUUUGAGGGCAAAGCCCUUGACUUCUUGGCAGUUGAUGGCGAUGAGAACGAUGACCUGUACUGUCGGACCUGCAGGCAGUUCUUCAGUUCCCUGCAUAACAAGAGGGAGCACCUGCUGGGGAAGCAGCACCUGCAGAACCUCACAGGGAAAUUUGAAAAAGACUCUGCUGAGUGCUUGAAGCACCUGGAGCUUCUGGAAGGAGAGGAAGGUCAGAAUUUGAACAAAGGGGAUUCAGAGGAGGAAGCCGAGUAUCCUGACCCGCUUCUUCUCGGAGGCCUGAUUCCUGAGAAGGGUUUUGCUUCAUUUGACUUGUGUUUCUUGCAAAAGUUCAUUUUUAAGCUUCUGCAAAUCAGAGAAUCUGAGCUCAGAGAGCUGAGGAAGACUCUAGAAAGAGCGCAAGCGGAGCAGGAGGCCCUGCAGAGGCAGCUGCUGGAGUUCCAGAACCGACAGCAGCGGCUGGAGGUGGAGCUGGCCGGCCUGAAGACCUACGGGGUCGUCCUGGAGAAGGAGUUUGAGAACCUGAACACGGUCAUCAUGCUGUCCCACUUCGGCCUGCGAGUAAUGGACAUGGGUGAGCCUGCCGUCCGGGGCAGACCCUCUCCCCCUCGUCUGGCCUCACACCCUCUGCCGCCACCGCAGCCCCAGGCCCGCUCACGGCUCAAUGCCACCACCUCGGUGGAGCAGGAGAUCAGCGGGGCGCCCCCCACUCCUGGACCCCAAGUUGGACCUGGAUCAGAUGGGAGAGACCCAGCCACCCCGGCUAUACCCCAGGCCUCGCGGGCCAGGAGCCGAGAGAGGAUGGAUGGAACAGGACCUGCGAAGGGAGAUGUGGACACCCCCUUUGAAGAAGUCCUGGAGAAGGCAAAAGCUGGGGACCCCAAGGCACAGACGGAGGUGGGGAAGCACUACCUGCAGCUGGCCGGCGACGGGGAUGAAGAGCUCAAUAACUGCACCGCCGUGGACUGGCUGACCCUCGCUGCCAAGCAGGGCCGGCGCGAGGCCGUCAAGCUUCUCCGCCGAUGCCUGGCAGACAGAAGAGGCAUCACCUCUGAGAACGAGCAGGAGGUGAGGCAGCUCUCCUCUGAGACCGACCUGGAGCGGGCCGUGCGCAAGGCGGCCCUCGUCAUGUACUGGAAGCUCAACCCCAAGAAGAAGAAACAGGUGGCCGUGGCGGAGCUGCUGGAGAACGUGGGGCAGGUCAACGAGCAUGAUGGCGGGGUGCAACCUGGGCCCGUCCCCAAGUCCCUGCAGAAGCAGAGACGGGUGCUGGAGCGUUUGGUCAGCAGCGAAUCCAAGAGCUACAUAGCCCUGGACGACUUUGUGGAGAUCACCAAGAAGUACGCCAAGGGCAUCAUCCCCGCCGACCUGUUCCUGCAGGACGACGAUGAUGACGAGGUGGCGGGCAAGAGUCCCGAGGAUUUACCCCUGCGCCUGAAGGUGGUCAAGUACCCCUUGCACGUCAUCAUGGAGCUCAAGGAGUACCUGAUCGACCUGGCGUCCCGGGCGGGUGUGCACUGGCUGUCCACCCUCGUGCCCACCCACCACAUCAACGCCCUGGUCUUCUUCUUCAUCAUCAGCAACCUCACCAUCGACUUCUUUGCCUUCUUUGUGCCCCUGGUCGUCUUCUACCUGUCCUUCGUCUCCAUGGUCAUCUGCACCCUCAAGGUUUUCCAGGACAGCAAGGCCUGGGAGAGCUUCCGCGCGCUCACCAGCCUGCUCCUGCGCUUCGAACCCAACCUGGACGUGGAGCAGGCCGAGGGGAACUUCGGCUGGAACCACCUGGAGCCCUACGUCCACUUCCUGCUGUCCGUCUUCUUCGUCAUCUUCUCCUUCCCCAUCGCCAGCAAGGACUACAUGCCCUGCUCGGAGCUGGCCGUCGUGUCGGUCUUCUUCACAGUCACCAGCUACAUGAGCCUGAGCACCUCGGCCGAGCCCUACACCAGGAGAGCCCUGCUGACCGAGGUGGCGGCCGGCCUGCUCUCCCUGCUGCCCACCGUGCCCAUCGACUGGCGCUACUUGAAGCUCCUGGGCCAGACCUUCUUCACGGUGCCUGUGGGCCACUUGGUCGUGCUAAACGUGAGCGUGCCCUGCCUGUUGUAUGUCUACCUGCUCUAUCUGUUCCUCCGCAUGGCCCAGCUGAGGAACUUCAAAGGCACCUACUGCUACCUGGUCCCUUACCUGGUCUGUUUCAUGUGGUGCGAGCUGUCGGUGGUCCUCCUGCUCGAGUCCACCGGCCUGGGGCUGGUGCGGGCCUCCGUGGGCUACUUCCUCUUCCUCUUCGCUCUCCCCAUCCUGGUGUUCGGCCUGGCGCUGAUGGGCGUGGUGCAGCUGGCCCGCUGGUUCGUGUCCCUGGAGCUCACCAAGAUCGCCGUCACCCUGGCGCUCUGCAGCGUCCCCCUGCUGGUCCGCUGGUGGACCAAGGCCAACUUCUCGGUGGUGGGGAUGGUCAGGUCCCUGACGCGGAGCUCCGUGGUCAAGCUCAUCCUGGUGUGGCUCACGGCCAUCGUGCUCUUCUGCUGGUUCUACCUGUACCGCUCGGAGGGCAUGAAGGUCUACAACUCCACGCUGACCUGGCCGCAGUACGGCUUCCUGUGCGGGCCGCGGGCCUGGAAGGAGACCAACAUGGCCCGCACCCAGAUCCUUUGCAGCCACCUGGAGGGCCACCGGGUCACGUGGACCGGCCGCUUCAAGUACGUGCGCGUGACCGAGAUCGACAACAGCGCCGAGUCGGCCGUCCACGUGCUGCCGCUCUUCCUGGGCGACUGGCUGCGCUGCCUCUACGGCGAGGCCUACCCGUCCUGUAGCCCCGGCAACGUCUCCACGGCCGAGGAGGAGCUCUGCCGCCUCAAGCUCCUGGCCAAGCACCCGUGCCACAUGAAGAGGUUCGACCGCUACAAGUUCGAGAUCACGGUGGGCAUGCCCUACAGCAGUGCCAACGGCACGCGCGGGCCCGAAGAGGACGACGUCACCAAGGACAUCGUGCUGCGGGCCAGCAGCGAGUUCAAGGACGUGCUCCUUCACCUGCGCCAGGGCAGCGUCAUCGAGUUCAGCACCGUCCUGGAGGGCCGCCUGGGCAGCAAGUGGCCUGUCUUCGAGCUCAAGGCCAUCAGCUGCCUCAACUGCAUGGCGCAGCUGGCGCCCGCCCGGCGGCACGUGAAGGUGGAGCGGGACUGGCGGAGCACCGCGCACGGGGCCGUCAAGUUCGCCUUCGACUUCUUCUUCUUCCCCUUCCUGUCGGCGGCCUGA